GUACAGUCACAUGACCUGGCGACGUCACUGAAGACAACCACCACGGCCGCCGUGAGAACCCAGCUCUUUGUUCUCCUGAGGGAUGGGAGUUUCUCAGCGUCCCCAUGUCCCCGCCCACUCUCCUCCCCUAUUCCCUCGUGUCCCCGCCCAGUGUAAUCUCGCGGGCGCGCUCCCCUGACUGACCACCCGGCGAGCGCUCGCUCACACAGCAGAGUGCAGGAGAGCGGGAACGUGGGCGGUGACUGGGAGCUCGGCAGCGGCGGGGAGUGAGUACGUGAAAAUGAACAUUUACAUCUACCUUUGUAAAAAUGAAGAUUUGGGGCAAUUCAUCAAGAAGGACAAGUAAGGAGCAGGAUUAAUAAGAAUACACAAGACCCUAAACAAGAAGUUGGGGAAAGUGACAUUGUAAUCGGAUCAAGCCAACAAAAGACGUAAUUUCUCCUUACACCUCUGGUGGAGCCAUAGAAUCUUCUCAAAUUUUGGGUAAACGAAAACAUUCAAGUAAUUUACGUCUCCUCUCUUAUACGUGAUGAGUCUCAAAGAAGAGAGACCAUAUCUGUGCUCUGAGUGUGACAAAUGCUUCAGAUGUAAAUCAAAUCUUCUCAGACAUGAGAGGACCCACACAGGAGAGAGACCAUUUAAAUGCUCUGAAUGCAGAAAAUGUUAUACCUCCAAGAUGAACCUUCUUAUACAUGAGAUGACCCACACAGGAGAGAAACCAUUUAAAUGCUCUGAAUGCAGAAAAUGUUAUACCACCAAGAUGAACCUUGUAACACAUCAGAGGAGUCACACAGGAGAGAGACCAUUUAAAUGCUCUGAAUGCAGCAAGUGUUGUACCUCAAAGCUGCUCCUUGUUUUACAUCAGAGGAGUCACACAGGAGAGAAACCAUAUCAAUGUUCUGAAUGCAGCAAGUGUUUUUCGUCCAAGGUAAACCUUGUUACACAUCAGAGGAUUCACACAGGAGAGAAACCAUUUAAAUGCUCUGAAUGUAGCAAGUGUUUUUCCCUUAAGCAUCAUCUUCUCGGUCAUCAGCGGAGUCACACAGGAGAGAAACCAUUUAAAUGCUCUGUAUGUAGCAAAUGUUUUUCCUUUAAGUCAAAUUUAUUCAGUCAUCAAUGCAGUCAAACAGGAGAGAAACCAUUUAAAUGCUCUGAAUGUAGCAAGUGUUUUUCUUAUAAUUCGCAUCUUCUCAGUCAUCAGAGGUGUCACACAGGAGAGAAACCAUUUAAAUGUUCUAAAUGUAGCAAUUGUUUUUCCCGUAAGUCACAUCUUCUCAAUCAUCAGAGGUGUCACACAGGAGAGAAACCAUUUAAAUGCUCUGAAUGUAGCAAGUGUUUUUCCCGUAAGUCACUUCUUCUCAAUCAUCAGAGGAUUCACACAGGAGAUAAACCAUUUAAAUGCUCUGAAUGUAGCAAGUGUUUUUCCCAUAAGUCACCUCUUCUCAAUCAUCAGAGGAGUCACACAGGAGAAAAACCAUUUAAAUGCUCUGAAUGUAGCAAGUGUUUUUCCCGUAAUUCACAUCUUCUCAAUCAUCAGAGGAGUCACACAGGAGAGAAACCAUUUAAAUGCUCUGAAUGUAGCAAGUGUUUUUCCCGUAAGUCAGGUCUUCUCAGUCAUCAGAGGAGUCACACAGGAGAGAAACCAUUUAAAUGCUCUGAAUGUAGCAAGUGUUUUUCCCGUAAGUCAGGUCUUCUCAGUCAUCAGGGGAGUCACACAGGAGAGAAACCAUUUAAAUGCUCUGAAUGUAGCAAGUGUUUUUCCCGUAAGUCACUUCUUCUCAAUCAUCAGAGGAUUCACACAGGAGAGAAACCAUUUAAAUGCUCUGAAUGUAGCAAGUGUUUUUCCCGUAAGUCAGGUCUUCUCAAUCAUCAGAGGAGUCACACAGGAGAGAAACCAUUUAAAUGCUCUGAAUGCAGCAAGUGUUUUUCCCGUAAGUCAGGUCUUCUCAGUCAUCAGGGGAGUCACACAGGAGAGAAACCAUUUAAAUGCUCUGAAUGUAGCAAGUGUUUUUCCCGUAAGUCACUUCUUCUCAAUCAUCAGAGGAGUCACACAGAAGAGAAACCAUUUAAAUGCUCUGAAUGUCACUACUGUUUUUCCUGUAAGUCAGGUCUUCUCAAUCAUCAGAGGAGUCACAGGAAAGAAACCAUUUAAAUGCUCUGAAUGUAGCUACUGUUCAAGAGAAAAAGUAACGAUCUCACUUGUACUUCAGAUUGUCCAACAAUAAAUGGUAAUAACAUUU